AUGUUGAUUAAUACGAAAUGUGAUGUGUUGGAAAAAGUAGGAGAUGCUCGAGAGAACAUUGCUAUAUUCGCCUGCAAAGGUAAAAGUCUAGAAAUGAUGAAAUUUAUAGGCAAUCGUCAAGAUUUAACUAAAGCCUUGCAUGAACAAAAUUAUGAGGGAUGGAACGUUGUACACUACGCAGCAAAAAGUGGGAAUUGUGACAUACUUGAGUAUUUAAUUGGAGAAAUGAAAGUUGAUUGUAUAAAUGAAUCAACGAACAAAAAGAAAAACUGUCUUCAUACCGCAUGUGAGGCUGGACAUUAUGAAGCCUGCAAAUAUUUGGUAAAAAGUGCACCUCGUCUAUUAAAUUUAUCCGAUAAGGAUGGAAACCACGCCGGCCAUUACGCAGCUAUGAAGGGAACUGUCAAGAUAAUAAAGUUUCUGAAGGAUCGAGGACUAGAUUUAGAAGUUAGAAAUAAUGAAAAUGUAAAUAUACUGCAUGUUGCCUGUUUGUAUGCACAUUUAGAUUUAUGCAAGUAUUUGGCCAACGAAUUUCCAAAACUUUUGAAGGAGACAACUAAGCGUUCUGAGAAUGCAGCUUUAUUCGUCAUGGAGCGGAAGGAUGAUGAAGAUAAACGUAUAAAAAUUCUAACUUACCUAGUAAACAGAGGUCUCGAUGUCUAUCAUGUGUCAGCGUCAGGUAAAUCAGCAUUGUACCUGGCCUGCAGGAAUAGGUCACUAGUUCACUGUGAACACUUGUUGAAACAUUAUCCCAAAUUUUAUGAUAUGGAUGAGGGGGAUAUGAGCUCUAUAGAAGCAGCUGACGGUGAUAGCAGAAUAAAAUUAUUGUUCAGUAAAUACGAUCCAAAACUCAAAACGUCAAGAUUUUUUAAGAAUAUUUGCAUAAUAUUGUAA